GUGAUUUGAAGGUUUGGCUCAGUUUAGGCCACGUUUAACAGUUGCCAGAAAGCAUGAGGACUAAGCUUGUCGUAGUUGUGCUCGCCUCGGUAGCGCUAGUGUCCGUUACUGGGGAGUUGCGAUGUGUUCAACAGACGUUCGAGGGUCUCGGUGGAAUGUUUCCCAGUCCCAGGUCGUCCUCGGAAUAUUCGCGUUGUGAUGCUGGUGUAGUGCAAACGGUUCCCUGUCCAGAUGGACACUACUUUGACACAGCAGUGCAAAGCUGUCUACUUGGACAGACGGCAGAACAGUCACACGUAGAAGUAGCGUUCCAGUUUGAAGAGCUUUGCAACAAUCCCGACGUUGUGCAGAUCUUUCCCAACCCAACCAACUGCACCCAGUACAUCCUGUGCUACGGAACGGUGCCGAUCGUGCAAAGCUGUAGCGGUGGGCUUCUGUUCAACCCACAACUAAACACUUGUGACGUGCCCGGAAACGUUGUGUGUGGUUACAGCUGUCCCUCUGUAGAUGAUCCCUACAACCCGGUGUGGCUGCCGGAUGCACGGCUGCAAGAUUGCUCGAGGCACUAUCUCUGUUUCAAAGGUGAACCACUGCAGUUCCAGUGUUACAGCAAUCUUUACUUUGACAUUGAGACGCGUACCUGCACCUAUCCCCAGUACUCAACGUGCCGAGUGCCGAACGUAUACUGCAACACGACACUUACAGUGAAUGUGGAAAAUCCAAGAAGCUGCACCUCGUACUACACCUGCGUUGAGGGAUUCCCGCACUAUAGGACGUGUGGAUAUGAAGAGUACUUUUCGGUAUCGCUUGGUAUGUGUAUUCCUGGGACAUGUGGACCGGAUACUACUACAACCGCUGGACCUUCAACCGUAACUGUUACCGAGCUGACGUCAACGACUGGCCCGCCCGGAACGACACCAUCGCUCACAUCAACGACGGACUGGAAUACGCAAACAACGGAUUUUACCUCCACAACCGUAUCAAUCUCUACCUUGACCGUACCAGAGUCGACUACGCCAGGCUUGGAGACCACAACGUCUACUGUUUCCGACACCUCCACAAUGUCUCCAACCACACCAGAGUCAUCAACAUUUACUCCUAGUACACCGGAGCUUACAACAAACUUUGAAACACCAACGCCUACUAUUCCUAACACAUCUUCCACGCCUUCAAUAACACCAGAGACAACCACAUUUGCUCCUAGCACACCGGAGCUUACGACAGACCUUCCGACAAUGACGCCUAGUACUCCCGGCACCUCCACAAUAUCUCCAACAACACCAGAGUUUUCAACAUUUACUCCUAGUACACCGGAGCUUACAACAAACUUUGAAACUUCAACGCCUACUAUUCCUAACACAUCUUCCACGCCUUCAUCAACACCAGAGAUAACCACAUUUGGUCCUAGCACACCGGAGCUUACGACAGACCUUCCGACAAUGACGCCUAGUACUCCCGGCACCUCCACAAUAUCCCCAACAACACCAGAUUCCUCAACAUUUACUCCCAGCACACCGGAGCAUACAACAGACUUUGAGACCACAACGCCCACUGCUCCCGACACUCCUUCAACGACACUCGAUACGACAACGCUUGCUCCCAGCACAGCAGAACCUACUACUGAAUCACCAACAAUCUCUACUGACUCUACGACAACUACUGUAGAGUUAACAACGACUACUACGACAAUCGAACAAACUACAACUACCACACCAGACUCCACCACAACAACCACUACCACCGAACAACCGACCACUACUACACCGGAACCUACCACUACAACAGAGAUGGUAACGAUCGAUCCGAGUGACGUCUGUCCUGAAGUUGGUGUCAUCAUUCUGCCCUAUCCUACCAACUGCUACAUGUACAUCUUAUGUCUCAACGGUGUGGGUGGCACAGCGACCUGUAAAGCGAAUGAGAUUUUCAACCCAAUCACGGCCGUGUGUGUACCAGGCAAUCAGGAAACUUGCACGCCGUCGUAACGAGCUCAAUACUCUCAGCAAGCGUUGCGAUUCAUUUCCUAAAAUAAAACGUGCACAUUGAAUCAGAAA